AGCACUGAGGAAGUUUCAGCACAGGGUGGAAUUAAAAUGUCUCUCAGCGUCUCGAGCACUGGUUUGCCGUCUCUGCUGUGGAUCCAGCAGCACAGAGUGACAGCAAAUCCAGGAGUUGGCAGUCCUAUUGUGGCGGCUGCCGGGCCGCGGCAGGCCUGUUCGUGACAGCCGACACUCACCGGGAGGAAUGUCAGCCCCCACCCCCAGAUAAGUUUUGACAGCUGUAAAUUGAGAGAGGGGCGUGGGGGUAGGAGGGAGGUGAGCUGCUAUUUUUAUCUUUCAUUCAGCCAGGCCUGAACCAGAGAGAGACAGAGACCCCCCUCUCCAUUUCUCUCACUUCUCCAGAAGGCGACGACUCCUUCUGGAUCUCUCCUUUCUGCCUGGCUGGAGAAACUUCUGGAGACCCGACCGAGGCAUUAAGACCCGGAGACGCGGCCGGUGUGGAGGAACAUAUCUAAACCCAAGUGAACGAGUGCAGACUGUAGAGUGAAGAAGAAACCACAGUCCACGAGGCCAACAUGGCUCUGCUGUGCUACAACAAAGGCUGUGGGCAGAAGUUUGACCCCGACAAGAACAAGGAUGAUUCCUGCCUCUUCCACCCGGGAGUCCCCAUCUUCCACGAUGCACUGAAGGGCUGGUCCUGCUGUAGGAAAAGGACGACCGACUUCUCUGAGUUUCUCUCCAUCAAGGGCUGUACCCGUGGGCGCCACAGCGACGUGAAACCCCAGGAGCCUCUGAGGCCCGAGGUGUCGUCGGAUAAGGGCGAGAUUAAAUACGCCGACGGCAGAGAGAUAAUCUAUCACGGCCCCAAAUCUGCAGAGAUGCUGCAGAAGGAGAGACCCAGUUCAGACGAGCCCAUGACCAAACUUCCCCACAAGGUGUCGGCGUCGCUGGCUCAGGCGCUGGAGAAACUGGACAUCAGCAAGAGAGGAGAGAACGAGAAGAAAGAGAGUCAGGCUGUUAUUUGUGGGACCCGCUGCAAAAACGCAGGAUGCAAAACAGUCUACCAAGGACCACAGACCGACAUGGAGGUCUGCACCCACCAUCCUGGAGCUCCCGUCUUCCACGAGGGGUACAAGUACUGGAGUUGCUGCUGCAUCAAGACAACAGACUUCAACGCCUUCCUGGACCAGAAAGGCUGCACCAUGGGGAAACACCGCUGGGUCCCAAAGCAGGACAAGAAGAAGGUGGCGUGUCGCUAUGACUGGCAUCAGACUGGCAACAGCGUCGUCGUAACCAUUUACGCCAAGAAUGCAAACCCAGAGUUUUCCAGCAUAGAGGCCAACCGGACUGUGCUCUCGUGUCAAAUCCAGUUUGAGAACAAUAAGAUUUUCAAGAAAGAGUUCCACCUCUGGGGGGUGAUCAACGUGAAGCACAGCUCGGUCAGUAUGGUCCCAUCUAAACUGGAGAUAAACCUCCGCAAGGCCGACCAAGUGGCUUGGGGCAAACUGGAGGACCCGAACUACAAACCUGAGCCUGAGCCCGCAGAUGACCCGUUCAUCGAAUCCAACGAGUCGCACCAGCCCAGUUGGGACAUCGAUGAUGACGACAUCAGUGACUCGGACGAGGAGUGGGCCUAUGACACGCCCAAGAAUAAAAAGGCCGAGAAGGACGAAAAUCAGAAGAAGAACGAGGAGGAGGAGAGGCAGAAGUUAAAGAGGAAGGAGGUGGAGGAGGAGAUGAAGAGGGCAUUGGAGGAGCGGAUGAAGGCGGAGGAGGAGAGGAAGAAGCUAGAAGAGCAGAGGAGGCAGGAGGAAGAGGAAGGAUAUGAAGACAUGCCAGAACUAGAGUGAGAAACUGCAGAUUUCUUUGUGGUUUAGAAAUAGAAAAUCAAAAGAGAUUUUUAUAACAUAGGACAUAUUUAUUUCUGAAAUAAUAAUUAUUAACUACAAACCCCAAUGAGACGUGUUUAAAUGACCAUGAUAUGGAGAAUGAUGUAAAGACAAAACUGAAGAAAUAAAGUUUUCUAUGUCAGUUUCUACUUCUAGAUUUGUGUUGGGGGUGUUGUUUCUUUUUGUAUGUGUACCGACUGGUAGCAUUUCACCACUGUUGGCUACAUUCAUUACAGAUAAAUAGCUGGAUCAAUGUUAUAAAGACUUGAUAUCCAUCACAAGUCCCCUGGGCUUUAAGCAGAAAGAUUAAUGAUUUUUUCAAAAGCCUGUAAUGAAUCAUUAGCUUAUCCACUGGUGCUGUAAA